AAAGAUCCCACAAUCUGCUUCUUCACCUCUGCGGCUAUUCCCAACUACCCCAUUCAAAUAUCCCCAAAUUCUCAAAUGCAGUACAAAACUCAGUCUCUGGAUUCAAACUUCAGAACCCAAAUCUAAGGGAAACCACUAAUCCAAUCCUAAACAUUCAGAAUGGAAGCCAAUGACUUCCUCAACACCGUACCCAUGUUCCUUGCAUUACCUUAUUUUGUUCUUCUCUCUUUAAUCAUCCUCUGUGUUUCAGCUUCACCAGCCUCACUGCCUCCAUCUGCCACUUACCUUCUUCAGUUCAGAGACAGUCUCCCAAAAGACUCUCAGCUUCUCCUGCCAUGGAACCUGUCCUACCCAAAUUCCUCUUCCCCUUGCCGGUGGUCUGGUGUUUCGUGCUAUGACUCCGGUGACGGCUUUCGGGUUAAGGCCUUAAACCUCUCAGGUUAUGAACUCUCAGGCAUAUUAAAUGACUCCAUUUCCCAUAUCUGUCUCCAUGAAAAUCUGCUCUCCCUUGAUCUCAGUGGUAACCAUUUCACUGGUGGUAUCCCGGAAUUGCUUGGGAAGUGUGGCCAGCUCAAUACCAUCCGUCUCAACAACAAUGGCUUUAAAGGAUCAAUCCCUCCUGUGCUUUUCCGACCAAAGCUUCUUUCAGAACUUGACUUGGGUUAUAAUUCUCUCUCUGGCAAAGUUCCUCCUGAGGUAUGCCUCUGCACCGAACUGGAGUAUCUUGGGCUGCAUAACAAUUUCUUGAGUGGAGAGGUGCCAAGAGACCUAUUUGUUCUGCCGAAACUAAAAUUUCUUUAUUUGAACACUAAUAACUUCACUGGGUCUCUACCAAGUUUUCCACCUUCAUGUGCAAUUUCUAAUCUCUGGAUUCAUGAGAACGCAUUUUCUGGGUCUUUGCCACUUAAGCUGCGUAAUUGCCGAAAUCUUACAACCUUUUAUGCAUCUAAUAACCAUUUUGGGGGAACUAUUCCAGCAGUGGCCUUCAAAGAUCUUUUGCUGCUAGAAGCUCUCUAUCUUAAUGAUAACAAACUUGAAGGGGAGAUUCCAGAGUCAUUUUGGGGUCUGGAGAAAUUAGAAGAGCUUGAUCUAUCGGGAAACAGGCUCAAUGGAAGUGUGCCCGAACAGAUUGCUCAAUGUCGCCGGCUAACGGUCAUUGCCCUCUCGUACAAUAGCCUAGUUGGUCAUAUUCCAAGUUCAAUUGGAAGUCUCAAAGAUCUAAAGAGACUGCUUCUCUUUAAUAACAAGCUUCAGGGCUCGGUGCCUCCUGAGAUUGGAAACUGCAGUUCUCUCAUUGAACUUGAGCUUCAGAAUAACUACAUUGGUGGAAAAAUACCACCUGAACUCUGCAAACUCGUCAAUCUUGAGGAUUUUAUUCUUUAUAAUAAUAGCAUCAAGGGCGAUAUUCCUCAACAGAUAGGGAACAUGCACAACCUUGUGCAGCUGGCUCUGUAUGACAACCACUUGACUGGUGGGAUUCCAUCUGGAAUUACCCAUUUGAAAAAACUCACCUUUCUGUCUUUAGCUAACAAUAAUCUCACGGGGGAGGUGCCAUUUGAUCUUGGGAAAAACAACUCUCCUGGUCUAGUUAAGCUCGAUUUAACUGCGAAUCGCCUUUAUGGAACUAUUCCUCUGGGUAUAUGCAAUGGAAAUAGCCUUACGGUUUUGGUGCUUGGCAAUAACUUAUUUAAUGGGACUUUUCCAGCUGAAAUAGCUAAGUGCUCAUCUCUUUGGAGAGUAGUUCUUAGCAACAAUCUUCUACAGGGAACUAUACCAGACAAUUUGUAUCAGAAUGAUGGCAUAUCUUAUUUUAACGUUCGAGGAAACUUGCUCACAGGAAGGAUACCUCCAGUGUUAGGUUUUUGGAGCAAUCUCUCCAUGCUUGAUCUAUCAGAGAAUAGGUUAUAUGGCUCGAUACCCUCUGAGCUAGGAAAGCUGGAGAAUCUAGAAAUCUUAAGAAUUUCUUCCAACAGGCUUAAAGGGACCAUCCCCCCUGAACUGGGUAAUCUUAGAAAACUGAUCAAACUGGACCUCAGUAAGAAUUCUCUAUCAGGAAGCAUUCCUUCACAUAUCACUGCGUCUGUAGAAUUGCAAAGUAUCCUGCUUCAAGUGAACAAGCUCACUGGAGUUAUUCCUGAUUCUUUGUCUUCCUGCCGAAACCUCUUUGUAUUGGAGCUUGGAAGCAACAUGCUUGAGGGUCCUAUUCCUUGCAGUCUGAGCAAACUGCAGCAUUUUAAUUCAGUUCUCAACCUGAGCCAUAAUAGGCUUUCUGGCAAAAUCCCAGUAUGCAUUGGUAAACUAGAUAAGUUAGUGACUCUCGAUAUUUCAAGCAACAAUCUUUCUGGUGAAAUACCAUCAGAGCUGAACAAUAUGAUCUCCCUUUCCUUUGUGAAUAUAUCAUUUAAUCACCUGUCAGGCAAACUACCAGAAAGGUGGUUAAAAUUGAUGGCUUUGCCAGGAUCUUCUUCUGUGGGAAACCCAGAACUCUGCCUGCUUGGCAAGGAAGCUGGUUAUUGCAGGAAAGAAAGAAAAUCCAAUGCAAGCGGCUGGAAGCUGGCUGCUAUAACGAUUGGCGUGGUGUUUUCUAUAGUAUUACUUUGUGCUGCAACUUACUUCUUAUUGGUUCAAGGCCUUGGAGGACCUCCUGAUCAAUCUCUUCUUUAUAACUUUCCAUCAAGAACUGAAGAUUUACCUGACGAUUUAAACUUUGAAGACAUUGUGCGUGCUACCAAAAGCUGCAGCCAAAAUUAUGUGAUUGGGAGAGGCAAGCAUGGGACAGUUUACCGAGCAGAAUCUGGGCACUCCAGAAGGCAAUGGGCAGUCAAGAAGGUCAACUUGUCUGAAUCAAACUUCAGCAUUGAGAUGAAUACUCUUGGUUUAGUUCGGCACCGAAACAUAGUUAAAAUUGCAGGAUAUUGCAUCAAUGAUGGGUUUGGCUUUAUUGUGACAGAGUACAUGCCAACAGGAACCCUCUUCGAUGUUUUACACCAUCGCGAAUCCCGAUUAGUUUUGAACUGGGAUUCUCGCUAUCGCAUUGCUCUUGGUAUUGCCCAAGGCCUCUCUUAUCUUCACCAUGAUUGCGUGCCACAAAUUAUUCACAGAGACAUAAAAUCUAAUAACAUUUUGAUGGAUUCUGAACUGGAACCGAAGAUUGGAGACUUUGGAGCUGCAAAAUUGGACAGUGAUGUUGAUGCAAGCUCAACAAAGUCUUCAAUUGUUGGAACGCUAGGAUAUAUCGCACCAGAAACUGGAUACUCUACUCGCUUGACUGAGAAAUGCGAUGUGUACAGCUACGGAGUUAUUUUGCUAGAGAUUCUCUGCAGAAAAUUGGCAGUAGACCCAAGCUUUGAAGAAGGAUUGGAUAUUGUCUCUUGGACAAGGAUGAACUUGCAGAGAAAUGAUGCGAGUGCUUACUUUCUUGAUGAGGAGAUAAAUUUUUGGAAUAUAGAAGAGCAGAGAAACGCACUGAAGCUUCUAGAUUUGGCACUGCAAUGCACAGAAAUGGUGCCUGAUGUCAGGCCCUCCAUGAGAGAGGUGGUAGGAAUUCUUAUCAAAUUGAAUCAAAAAUAAAAUGAACGUAAAUAAUACAGAAUUGCAUAGAUUUAGUAUGAUCUUUUAAACAUGUUAUGUAGUUUUCAAUGCAAAGAAUGGGAGGCCACCAGCAGGUGAUGCAUAGAAUUUAGGUACCAAGCCAAACAGCUGGUAAGCAUUCUUCUCUGCGACAAAAAAAUUUCCAUCCCCGGAACCAAAAAAGAAAUGACAUCUGAUGGAACAAGAAGGAUGCCUGAAAUAGGUGGCGAAUGGGUAGAAUCUUUGGAACCCAUUAUUAUAGGCAAUAGGAUCAUGGUUUUAACCAUAGACAGAAGCCUAUUUCCAAGGCAGACAUUGAAUUUUCGUAUUGAGAAUUGUGACUGCUGAACUUCCCAAUAGAAAGAAUUGGCUGUCAAGAGAAGGGUCAGGGCUACACACGGAAGACUUCUCCAGCUCUCCUGAGUUCUCUUGAUUUAAACACAAGCAUUCCGGCCACCUCUUUAAGCUGAAAUUUUUAUUGCUUAUGGGAACUGAAUUUUCUUUGAACCAGAAAUAUAAUUAUGUGAUCAUGGAGACAACUGUGAGACUAAAAGGAUGGCAAGUUGUCUCCCAUGCUUCAUUUGAAGCAAAGAUUUUGUAUGAGAAAAGUGUUAAAGCUUGAUGUACAUUAUUAUUGAUCUACAACAUAAUAAUUUAAACUUUUAGAUAAAGUGGUUAUCUAA